GGCCGGGCAGCGGGCCGCCGCGGGCCGGGCAGCGGGCGCGCGGAAGGCGGAUCGCGCGCGCGCGCGGCGCGGGAGCUGGCCGGGGGCCUUGAGCGCGCGAGCGGCCCUGAGCCAGGGAGGGUCACCCUCAAGCGGGGCGGAUUUUAGGGUGACCCUUCCAGCCCUUGAGCCAGAGCGCUUGAGCCAUCACUGUUGGGGGUUCUGUCCGCCCCCGAUGAAAAUGGCAGGAAAGAGAGCUGUACACCCGCGAAUGAAAAACGCCAGAGUCGGCCAGACAUCUGCGCAGAGACUUAGAUACAUUGGGCCAUAUCGGGCCAUCUUGGAGGCUUCAUCGGCUGCCUCCGGGGGAUAGUGGGCGCAUUUGGGGCUGUUUUGGAGCGUCGGGGGGGCCCCAAGCGCCCCGGCACCUGCACUUGCGGUCGGGGCUGCGGCCCCAGGUCCCCCCAGAACGGAUGCGUGCACCCCACACGUGAAAAUUUCAGCCUAACAACAGACUGGCAGAUGCAUAUACGUGGCCACAGAACUGGGCCUCACUCCGCGGCUGUUGCUGGAACUCCCAGCAUGCUGGUCACAUGGCUGUUGCUGGAACCGCUGGUGUUCCCUCGCUCGCGCCGCUGCUUGCACUGCCCCCGUGCGUAUUGGUCGCAGGCAUGAUGCUCUCGGCCGUGCUGCUGCCUGCCGCGCCAGUCCUGCGCGGCAGCCCGGCGGCUCGCGCCGCUGCCUGCUGCAACGCACCCUGCCCGGGCAGCCGCCGCAGCGGGGGCGCCGGCGCCGCCACCGCCGGCGCCGACCCGGCACGACGCGCGCGCGUGCCCGGGUCGACGACGAGCGUGGAAGAAGAGGAAACCACGCGUCCGAAGCCAGCUGCGUGUCCCUGGGGUCCAGGGCGAAGCGGCCGAAAUUCUGGCGUUGCGGGGGGAUGAAAACGUGGCGUGGAAGCGACACGUUGCCACGAGCGGAAGUGCGGGAGCCCAUUGCAAAAACCGCGUCACUGCUUGCGCCCACAGGGGUGAAUAACUUCGCGCGCGCGGAAUCUGGCGCGUGCGGAAGCUUGCGCGUGCGGUCCUCCAGGAAGCUGUGCGACAACACUCGAGCC